AGCUCCGCAGAGGCCAAUGGGUGCACGCCGCAAGAGCCGCGCAUGCGCCCUGCAACCUAGCCCGGUAGUGGAUUUCUGGCGCUGAGAACGAAACCACCGAGAUGAACCCUUUAACUAAAGUGAAGCUAAUCAAUGAGCUGAAUGAGCGUGAGGUCCAGCUUGGGGUGUCGGAUGAGGUGUCCUGGCACUCCGAGUACAAAGACAGCGCCUGGAUCUUCCUGGGAGGACUUCCUUAUGAACUGACUGAAGGGGACAUCAUCUGUGUGUUCUCACAAUAUGGGGAGAUUGUUAACAUUAAUCUGGUGCGGGAUAAGAAGACUGGGAAAUCCAAAGGAUUCUGUUUCCUCUGCUAUGAAGACCAGAGGAGCACAAUUCUGGCUGUUGACAAUUUUAAUGGGAUCAAGAUCAAAGGAAGAACUAUCCGAGUGGAUCAUGUGUCUAACUAUCGGUCUCCUAAGGACUCAGAAGAAAUGGAUAUUGUGACCAGAGAGCUCCAGGAUAAGGGCUGUGGGUCUCAAACCCCCUCACUGAAUUCAUCUGAGGGCUCUGAAGAUGAUAAAUCCACCAAAAAGCACAAAAAAGACAAAAAGGAAAAAAGGAAAAGAAAGAAAGACAAAGAGAAGACUGCUCGGGAGGUACUUCCAGAGCAGCCAGCCUCCUCUUCAACUCCCAGAAGCAAGAUGAUAAAGGAAAAGGAUGACCCUGGCUUUAAAAAGCACAGCAGCAAGGACUCAGAGAGGAGUCAGAAGCCAGAGUCCAGGGAGGUGUGGAAGCACCACCCCAGCUCCCCUCAGGUCAAGACAACCUGCCAUGGGGGAGCAGAGGACCGGGAGAGGGAGCUGAAGAAGGAGAAGCCCAAGCACGAGCACAGGUCCUCAAGCAGGAGGGAAGAAAGAGAAGAAAAAAACAGGGAUAGGGACAGAGGUCGAAGCUCAGACAUACAUUCUGGCUGGCAUGAGGGGCGUUCUGAGGGACAUAGCCAUAGAAGUAGAAGUAGGAGCCGAGAUAAAUCCCACAGGCCUAAAAAGGCCCAGCACUCUCGAGACCUGGACUCCUCGAAUCCCAAUGAUCGCAGGCAUCACUGAAGCUGCAGCCUGGGCAGCUGCUUGGUAGAAUUGGAAAUUAACUACAUUUUAAAAAUGCAGUUAUGCUUUUACUAUUUCUGUAUGUAAAAUCUCUGAGGCUGCAUUCUUUAAUCCCUUGAGUAUUGAGUUAUCGAGAGAGCAGUAGUUUCAACAGCUAAAUGUCCUAGAGUUUUGAGCAAAAUCUAUUGUCCCUGGGAACAUGCUUGGUAUUUAUCAGAGUACAUAACCCUAAAAUUGGGUUCAUAAGUAUGGCCCUUGACUUUAUGACUUCAAUUAAUGAUGAAAUGUCCAGGAAAGGGGAAGUACCAUGUAUUUCUAGAAUUCUAGUCUUUGUGAUAGGUGUUUAGAACUCUUGCAGUGACCUUUCCAGUUGGCAGGUAGACCCAUAGAAUAGAGAAGUGUGGCUUAACUAGGUUUAGACAGCUUGAUGUGAAUGUGAUAAUAAUGAAGUGAAAUUCACAUAACAUAAAGGUAACCAUUUUAAAGGAAACAAUUCAGUGGCAUGUAGUACAUUCACAGUAUUGUAAAGCCACCACCCCCAUCUAGUUCAAAAACAUUUUUAUCACCCCACCAUGAAAUCCUAUACUCAUUAAGCAGUUAUUUCCCAUUUCUUCCUCCUUGUCCCUGGCAACCACCAAUUUGCUUUCAAUUUCUAUGGAUUUACCUAUU